AUGUCCUAUAUAGUAUCUAACAACAACUUGACGGGAGCAUUGCCAGCAUGGAUCUGCAAUUUGAGUUCAGCAAUCACACUGGACUUGUCUUCUAACAAUUUGACCGGCGUGCUUCCUAUUUGUUUGGGCAAUAUCAGCGAAUCACUCCUGGUAUUGAACCUAAAAGGCAACAAUUUCCACGGGAGCAUUCCAGAGCUCUCAGUGAGGGGGAUGCAAUUGACGAUGAUUGAUUUGAGUGAUAACCAGUUGCAAGGUAAUUUACCGAGGUCCUUAGCCAAUUGCAAAAAGCUCGAGUUCAUCAACUUUGCAAACAAUCUUAUCAUGGACACCUUCCCAUCAUGGUUGGGAUCACUACCGGAGCUUCAUAUCCUUAUUUUGCGAUCCAAUAAAUUCCACGGUGUUAUAGAGAGACCUCAAUUGAGUCAUGCGUUCCCUAAGUUGCGGAUACUUGACCUCUCUUCUAAUGCAUUUGUCGGUAAGUUGCCCAUGGAAUUCUUUCAGUCUUGGAAUGCCAUGAAAUUCGAGACGCGGAACUUUACAUACAUGUAUGAAGAUCUAUAUCCGUCAGCAUUCCUUGCGUUCACCUACUAUGGCAAUUACGAUUUUUCCAUGAUGGUGAUUUACAAAGGGCUCAAAUCGUAUUACCCAAAGGUACCCAAAGUCUUAACGAUCAUUGACCUCUCCAGCAAUUUGUUAAAAGGAGAGAUCCCCAGUGUCAUAGGCGAUUUCAAAGGAUUGCAAGGGCUUAACCUUUCCAAUAAUUCCUUCACUGGUUACAUCCCAUCAUCGUUAGGGAAUCUCACGGCGCUUGAGUCAUUAGACCUUUCUCGAAAUAAACUCUCUGGACAAAUCCCUCAGAAGCUAAUAGAACUCGGGUUCCUUUCUUUCCUAAACCUGUCUUAUAACAAUUUGACCGGGUCUGUGCCUAGAGGGAAACAGUUCGAUACGUUUUCAAAUGACUCUUUUGAAGGAAACUUGGGAUUGUGUGGGGACUUCAUAUUCACGAAAUGUCAACCUUCAACCUACCAAGAAGAAGACUUGGGAUCACCAAUUGAACUCAAUUGGAAAAUUGUUCUUAUGGGGUAUGGGAGCGGCUUAGUGAUUGGAGUGGUCAUCGGAAAUGCAUUCAUCUCUUGGAAACAUGAUUGGUUUGAAGGAAAUGCUAGGAGAAGGCAACGGCCUAGUCGGAGGCAGCCUAGGAGAGUGGGCUCUAAUCCGACCUUUGAAGUGACAUUUAGGACACAAUUCGCAUACCAGAACUGUACCAAAUGUGGACCUGAGGAGGUCCUUAAACUGCUCAUAGGGGAACAACCCAACCGGAGGGAUAACCUCCCUGGGGUGGGAGUCCCCGAGGUUGGGCCCCGUAUCCCGCCUCUCAGGGGAGAAACAGUACUGAGAGGAGCGAGGGGGUUGCAGCUACCGGGGCGUGAUUUCCCAUCCCUGUCGUCAUCUGCCGCCCCGCGUAGCUUCGAGCUCCAAGCCUGCGACGCCAUGAUCACUUGGGAUCGAGAGUUCUUCGAGGAAGUCGAUGAGAAGCUCCCGGUUGAGCACAAUUCCCUCCCCACCGUUCGCGUUAACAGAGCAGAAGCAGAGUCUGCAAGAACCCAACAAAACCCUCGCAACCGCAAUCACAGGAGCAGCCAUGGCUGA